AUGGCCAAGGUCGACCAAAAGGCCGUCCUCAUCGUCAUUGACGGCUGGGGUGUUGCGACUGAGAAGUCGCGCAAAGAUGGCGAUGCCAUUCUUGCAGCAGACACCCCUACAAUGGACGAGUUUGCGCGACAAGGCUCAAAAACCGCACAGGGAUACACCGAGUUGGAAGCCUCGUCCCUCGCAGUCGGUCUUCCCGAGGGCCUGAUGGGCAACAGCGAAGUCGGCCACUUGAACAUCGGCGCGGGACGCGUUGUAUGGCAGGACUCUGUCAGGAUUGGCCAGACCAUCAAGAACGACAAGCUCAAGGACGUCGGAAACAUCAAGAAGUCGUUCCAGCGCGCCAUUGACGGAAACGGAAGGCUGCACUUCUGCGGUCUCGUUUCGGACGGAGGCGUACACUCCCACAUGGACCACCUCAUUGCUCUCCUCAAGGUUGCAAAGCAGCAGGGCGUCCCCAAGGCAUACAUCCACUUUUUCGGAGAUGGCCGAGACACUGACCCCAAGUCGGCUGUGGGGUACAUGGAGACUCUACUCAAGGCGACCAAGGAGAUUGGUCUCGGCGAGAUCGCAACAGUGGUCGGUCGUUACUACAUCAUGGACCGUGACAAGCGCUGGGACCGUGUCGAACUGGGAAUGAAGGGUCUUGUUACCGGAGAGGGCGAAGAAAGCAGCGAUCCAGUGGCUACUAUCAAGGAGCGCUACGAAAAGGGCGAAAACGACGAGUUCUUGAAGCCCAUCAUUGUGGGAGGGAAGGAGCGGAGAAUACAAGAUGACGACACGGUCUUCUUCUUCAACUACCGUUCGGAUCGUGUGCGUGAGAUCACCCAACUGCUGGGCGAUGUCGACCGCUCGCCGAAGCCCGAUUUCCCAUACCCCAAGAACGUCCACCUCACCACCAUGACAUCAUACAACCCUAAAUACACAUUUAACGUUGCCUUUGAGCCUCAGCGUAUGACAGAUGUUCUUGCCGAGACACUGGGCAAGCAAGGCGUGAAGCAGUGCCACGUUGCAGAGACGGAGAAGUAUGCUCACGUCACCUUUUUCUUCAACGGCGGCGUCGAAAAGCAAUUCGAAAACGAGGAGCGCGAGAUGGUGCCAUCGCCCAAGGUGGCUACGUACGAUCUGGAGCCCAAGAUGAGCGCAAUGGCGGUUGCCGACAAGCUCUGCGAGCGUAUCCGAACUGGCAAGUUUGAGUUCCUCAUGAACAACUUCGCCCCACCAGACAUGGUUGGCCACACUGGAGUAUACAAGGCAGCCAUUGAGGCGUGCACGGAGACGGACAAGGCCAUUAAGAAGGUGUACGACCAGUGCAAGGAGAGUGGAUACGUCUUGUUUGUUACUGCCGACCACGGUAACGCCGAGGAGAUGCUUACUGAAGAGGGCACACCCAAGACUUCGCACACAACCAACAAAGUGCCGUUUGUCAUGGCCAACGCACCUGAGGGCUGGAGUCUGAAGAAGACUGAUGGUGUAUUGGGUGAUGUAGCGCCUACGGUUCUUGCAGUCAUGGGUCUCCAGCAGCCGGAGGACAUGGACUGCAACAGCUUGCUCGUCAAGUCGUAA